AUGUCUUAUUAUACACAAAAUAAUGGAUAUCCUAAGCACCACCACUUUACAAAUCGCAGAAUUAAACUAAAUAUUGGUGGGUUCAAGUACGAAACGAAACGAUCAGUUCUGAUAAAUUGGCCUGAUAGUCGUAUUGCAAAUGACAUUGCGGAAAAUGAACCAGACGAAUUAUUCUAUAAUCGGGAUGGCCACUUGUUUUGGUACAUUCUACAAUUCUACCGAACAGGACUAAUUCACCUCCCAUUAGGAAACUCUUCGUCGCCUUGUUCGAAUUGUGGUCAACCAACUUUUCUCGACCAUCUCAGAAGAGAGUUUGAAUAUUUCCGUAUGCCUUUUUCGGAGCCCGUCGAGAAUCGCAAGAUGGCAUCAUCUAACAUUAUGGAAUCAUUGAUUGCGUCCAGGAUUGAUGAAUUUCUGAGUGUAUUGAAAAAAAUUUUUAUGGAAGUUGUAGUCGCAAACGAGACAAAAGUAGAGAUUACUUUUGCCAUGAAAAAGACGCCUCCCGAAGUUAGAAUCAUCGGAAAAGAAAGGUUAAUGAGAAAUUCUUACCUUUAUGAAAAAAUCUGUGAGAUGGUCACCCCGUUUAGCGAAACUGCCACAAGGAUUCUCGAUAUGUUUUAUCAAGAGAUUGGGCAACAUAUGGAGGAGAACUUGCCUGGUUUGAUGUGGCGAGUGGAUAGAAAUUAUUCUUCGGAAAUUGGCAAUUUCCACAACAUUCGAAUGCAGUACCAAAGUGAGGGAGGUAUCAUUCGUGACGUCGUCGUCGCGAAUUCUAAGCUUGCCAAAGUUAUCAAAAUGUGA